CGGACGACGCUCUUUUCCUCGCCGCCGCCUCCUCCCACACCACGCUCCACUCCCAUCAAUCCAAAUCCAAACAGCACCCCAUGGCGUCGACGAUGCGCCGCCGUGCCGACUGGUUCCUCCACGACUGGGUCGAGAGGCUCGACGCUCAGCGGCCGCCGACUCCGACUCCGACACCUCCGCCUCCCCGCCCCGCCUCCGGCUCCACGGCCGGCCGCGGCGGAGCCUCUCCUCCUUCGCCGCCGCGGCGAGCGCCCCGAGUACCUUCCCCACCACGCCCGUCUGCGCGGCGGGGCCUGGGCCAGUUCCACUACGGGAUCCAGUCAGCCGCGCCACCGCACCGGCUCCAGGCGCGCGUCACCUCCCCGGCGGACCACCGGAACGCCUCCGCGUUCAGACAGGGGAAUCCGACCUCGCGCUCGCUUCUCCACGGAGGACUGGGCGUCUUCAAUCGGUUCGCUCUCUUGGCGAGUGCGAGCGACUAUGAGAGAGAGUUUCCGGUGCUGACUGCUGCAACUGCAAGCAUCAGCGACAAGGACGCGAAGCAGCGGGGCCAAUCUCCUAAAGCUAUCAAGCAUACGAACGGCAAGCUCCGGGGACGAGGCGUUAGGAGGGCUCCUCAGGUGCAGCACGUGGGAACCAAGGCCGUCGACGAGCCGGCGGUCAAGUUCGAGGGAGACGCCCAACUGGUGAUCCAGGACGCGAGCGAGGGCGCGAUCAAGGGCGACUCCGAGGCGGUGAUCCAGGCCAAGGGCCAAACCGAGCUGACCAAGGGCGAGAGCGAGGGCCACGCCGAGGCGGGGAUCAAGGCAGAGGGCCACGCCGAGCUGGCCAAGGGCGAGAGCGAGGGCCACGCCGAGGCGUCGAUCAAGGCCAAGGGCCACGCCGAGCUGGCCAAGGGCGAGAGCGAGGGCCACGCCAAGGCGGCGACCAAGGCCGAGGGCCACGCCAAGGUGGCGGUCAAGAGCGACAAGGCCGCACCCGCACGCAAUGUCCCCGACCUCGCCAGCGAGCUCAAUGGCCAGGACUUCUUCGUCGGCUCGAUUCUCGUAAGAUGCGGCCCCCCAGUUUCCGUUGUCGCCGGAGGGGUUGAGGGCUGCCGUCGCGGAGGGCCUGCCGGAGGCAGUGGAGGAGGACCUGCUGGAGGUGGUGAUGGAUGCGGUGGUGGAGGGCCAGCACCCGAUGGCGGCGGAGGCGGUGUGGGAGGAGGAGGACCGGCCGAUGGCGGCGGGGGUGGUGGGGGAGGAGGACCCCCUGUGGCGGCGGAGGCGGCCCUGGUGACCCCGGCGGUCCGCCGCCUCCCCAACCACCCUAUCCACAGCGUCUUCCGUUCGCCAGAUGCCAACGGGCAGGCUGUGGCGUCGACGCCCUGUUCUUCUGCUCGGAGUGUGGGCUGGUUUGCUGUCCGGAGCACGUCUGCCCGGACUGCACGGUGCCACUCUCCGAGCUGCCGGCGCCUCGCCUCUCGGUGCCGCAGGUACAAAUUUACCAGCCCUUUCAGUACCCACCAACCCUUCAGCUCUUCGUCGGUGCGUCUCGAGUGGGAAAUCGCGUUAGUCACUACUUUGCAAGACCCCAGGAUGUGUUUGGGCACGGUGAUAUCAUUGCUGGGGAAGCACAGCACUUUGACAUGCAGGGUCUUUGGAUGGUUAGAUCUGUCCGCGAGGCGCCCUGCAUUCUCCGGAGGGUACACAUGUUUCCGGAGCCCCAGUUUUACUCAUGGUAGAUACUGUCUUGUAAGCAAGCGCGGUGCAGACCUCUAGAAACUGGGUUUUUGCGUCUAGUGAUGAAUGAUUUGUCACUAAAUUGAAUGAUGAAGGGUUGAUGUUUGCUGUGACAUUUUCCUUUACUUAUAGAUUAUAAAUUGAUAACUGCA